AUUUAUUCGUAAUUAAUGCUCCGGGAUAGAAAUAGUGUUGAAAAAACAAGGUUGUAUUGUUAGUUCUUAAAUUAAGUUGAACUGUAUGGAAAGUGUUGCUAUGAAAUACUCACCAGUGGAGAGCCAAUGAGGAGGAUGUCAUUACCCCCGAAGACAGAGGAGUGAAAUCCUCGAGUGGCAUUGGCCGGUUUAACAUUGGAGGCAGGUCGCGUGGCAUUGGAGCAACUGCCACAAAAGCGCCCCAUUGACACCAAUUGGUGUCCACUGCUCGGCGGUGGCUUGGAGUGACACCAUGUCUCGCAUCUUCAUGCUUCUCCUCAUCUCUGCAGGCCCAGCAUUCUGCAAUGACCUCGACGAGAGGCUGGCAAGCUUCAGAGAAGCAAUGAGUACAAACCAUCUUGAUGGAUACAUCGUUCCUAACUCCGACUAUCAUGCAAGCGAGGUGCCGAUGAACAGGGAUAAGAUUCGACAAUGGCUGACCGGGUUCAGAGGUUCCAACGGCGACGCAGCGCUGACCAUGAAAGAUGCUGCCCUCUGGACGGACUCGAGGUACACCAUACAGGCAAGGCAAGAGCUAGGCAAGAACUGGACAUUAGCGGAAAAGAAAACAGAAAUGGGUAGCUGGUUAGCAGACAGGCUGACCUCAGGACAAACUGUUGGAGCAGAUCCAAAGAGAAUGCCCCACUCCACCUGGCUUCGCAUUCAAAAACAAUUGAGUGAAAAAGGAAUCGAAUUGGUUGAAGCUGAGGACUUCACGAGCUUGUGGCGCGAUCGACCUGGAUUCCCCACUGCACCACUUUUCAUAUACGACAUCAAGUACACAGGACAAAGCCACGAAACGAAGCUGAGACGAUACCGAGAGAAGUUAUCCCAAAACAACUGCGUCAUAGGUGUUGUAACGGCACUGGACGAGAUCGCAUGGCUGCUGAACCUGCGGGGAGGUGAUGUGGUAUACACCCCGCUGUUCGCCUCGUUCAUGAUCGUCAAGCCCGAGGAGGCAGUUCUUUAUGUGAGGUCCUCUGUGGUCACUGCGGAUGUCAGGAAUCACCUCACCUCCUCCGAUCAUCCAAUUACGAUUAAAGAGUACGACGAAUUCUGGCAAGACUGGAAGGAAAUAGGAACUUCGGACGUCAAUAUUUACGUCCCGAACAAAGCUAAUUAUUUCGUUUAUUCAGCUGUGCCAAAUGACAAACGAAAAAAUGGUACUUCCCUGGUCGUGGACCUGAGGGCCUACAAGACAGCUGCUGAGGUUAAUGCCACGCGGGAAGCUCACGUCUAUGACUCAAUAGCUCUCAUCAGAUUGUUCAGGACACUGGAAACAGAGAUUCCUAAAGAAAAUCAAACAUACAAUGAAGGGGACGUCUCCAGACUAGUGACCAAAUUGAGGAGAGAAGGAUCACCAGACUACAGGGGGCCCAGCUUUCCAGAUAUUGUUGCCUCGGGGGCCAACGGAGCGCUACCACACUACAAUCUGGAGCCAGGACACGAGGCCAUGGUCAACACCUCUGCUGUCUUGUUGAUAGAUUCUGGUGGACAAUAUCUAGGUGGAACAACAGACAUUACAAGGGUCCUCCACUUCGGCAAACCAAGACCAAUCGAGAUAGACGUCUACACUCGUCUCUUGAAAGGAGUGGCAAGACUUGGAGGUGCUACAUUCCCUGAAGGAACCAGAUCUAUUGCUCUAGAAACUCUCGUCAGACAACCAUUAUUCGAAGUAGGAUUAGAAUAUGGUCAUGGCAGCACGCAUGGAAUUGGAAUAUAUCUUUCAGUACACGAAGAAUACAAUGGCACCUACUAUGAACACUUUAUUGGUUCACAAGAACCUGGAUAUUAUGAAGAGAAUAAUUUUGGUAUGAGACUGGAAAAUGCAGUAUUGGUUGUUCCAACAGAAACCAAAUAUAAGGGAAAAACAAAUACAAAGUUCAUGAAGUUUGCACCAUUGACAUUAGUCCCUUAUGAAACAAAACUAAUAGAUCCAAGUAUAAUGGAUGAAUCUGAAAUCGAAUGGGUGAACAACUACCACAAAGAAGUAUUAGACAAAGUUGGAACAAGGCUCUGGUCUCUGGGUGACAAAGAAACAUACAACUGGCUUUUAUUAAAAACCAAACCGAUAAUUAAGUAAAGCUGGUCAAAAUAAAAUAAAUGUAUAUAACA